AUGUGUCUGAUCAAAAGAGUAACGACCAUCCACCCAGACGACUACUCAGAUACCACAGAAACCUUCAGCCCUUGCAGCCACUCUGUCAACAAUCGCCCAUGCGACAACACCAUCUUGGACAAGAUCACAGAACGCGUACCUAGCACAUCCUCACAAGUGGCGCUUCGUCCCUCCUCUUCACGGCACAACGAGGUCGUGCUGCACCAAGAGCCACCUCGCCGCCGGCAAGACCCGCGAGAGGAACGUCGCUACUCUGGAGAGAUUGGUGUGAGGUUCAGGGGUUGGUUGAAGUCGCCCGAAUUCAGUAUUCGCAGGUUGGAUGAUGGUGGAUCUGGAUCUGGGUCUCGCAGGAGACGUGGCAGUGGCGAGAGCAGGAGAAUCUCAGGAGAGAUGAUGCCUGAGGCCCCUAUGCCGCCGUCGCCUGCACUUGUGCACCAGUCGAACAGAAGAUCGCCGCCGCCUUCUAUGCCGCCAACCCUCAUAUCUCCACCCAGCCGACCUACCCCUCCUCAGGGUCCGGCUGGUGCAGCAGCAGCGUUCACCACCAGAGAUACCAUUCCAUCGUCUUCGAGCACGCCGAGCAGGACAUCGUCAUCCAGGAGCAGAGAUGCGUACAGAGCAGUUCAAGGUCUACCCCACUUGACUGUUCCCGCCAGCAGUUCAUCUGUCACGAGCAGAUACCCUCGCUCUACACCUGGCCUGAGCCGUAUACGCUUCGAUCCCAGCACAAAAUUCCGCGAUUCAGCCUACGGUUCGAGCAACAUCUCUCCAAUCGACGCACCGAAAGCGAAUACCUUGUCGGAUACUCGCAGCAACACUGCCUCGGAACGCAGCGCGAGCGAGAGAUACAACUACACCAACGACAAUGCAGUGGCCAGGAGAGAAGACUACGACAUUGAUGAGGAAGAUAAAAAGUCAAAUUCGUCAGAGGGUCAUGCAGGAAGUUAUGAGGGCGGCCGAGGAGUACCAGAGCCAGACGAGCGAGCAGGGUCAUGGAUCGAUUAG